AUGGCUAACCAAACAACCCAGCAGCACAGAAUGAGACUUCGCAGCUCAGGCUGCCUCAGGUGGUCGUAUCUACCACAAGAGAUUCGCCGUAACAUUCUAAACACGAUAGUCGAUCAGAGAAAUCCUCGCUGGUCUGCUUUGGCCUCGGUAUCCAAAGAGUGGCAAAGCGUUAUCGGAACGAGAAACAUGGCCAAGCUGAACCUUCGGCCAUCUUGCUUAGAGGAUUUUGAGCAAGCAGUGGUUCGACAGAGAGACCUUGUGAGGCAUAUCUAUCUCAAUGUUGAGCUGACCGAAUAUAAGUGCACUCUUUGCAAGAAUAAGUUUGCUGUCACCAUAGCGGAGAAAAACAACCGUCUUAUGAGUAAGGCGGUUACAAAGCUUUUGACCAUUCUCAGCACUUGGAACACAACAGGCCCCUUGACGCUGGAGCUCAACGCGUCGUCCGCUAGUGACUCGAAGCACUGGUUUAAGAACUUUCGUUUCAACGACGAGCACGAUGCUCCUUAUAGCCGAGACUCAGUUAUCCCUAUGGAAGGGAUGCAUAGUGACUGGCACGACCCCAAGCAUGGUUGGGAAAAUGGUGUCCGGGUGAAACCUCCCCCUAUCAGCGCAAAUAAGCGGCUAUUUGGGCCUAUCAACCUGAAUGGCCCUCCGUAUUCUAUUCUCAAUGUCAACGCAGUUACCCGUUUCAUGAUCCGUCGGCAAUUCCGCCAUCGUCUUGGUCCUCGCGAAUUCGCAUCACUUCUGUCCAAAUUCAGCCGCCUCACAGAUUUGGUUUACGAACCUUGGCCCCAGAAAUAUACAGAUUCCUAUCGGUAUCCAUGGGAUCCGGCAUUGAUUGGCAUGCAUUUGCCCAGGACUCUCAAAAGAGUAAUCCUAUUUCAGGACUUCAAACAAUACCUUACAGAGAACAUCCGUCAAGACUUAGAUCAUUCUUAUUACGCGAUUCUUCCAAUACAUUGGUCGAAGUUCAAUCUCCCUGGCAAUGCCAAGAGCAUCGCUCAGACAAGUCUGAGACUCAAUGAACUCGCCGUCUCAUUCUUUAUCGAUGCCCUGAACUUCUUCAAGGCUUGCGAGGAAGGAUGGACAUGGGAUUACCUGCAAUCUCUAUCCCUAACAUCAAGUCUUCUCUUGCAAAAUAUAAAGGAACAGAAGGGUCGCAUCGAUAGCCUUCUUAUCACCGCAGCAAAGUUCUUACUGCGAAUGCCGAACCUGGCCACCAUGGCACUCUGGAGUGGGGGAACAGGGAAAGCAUGUGCUUUCAUCUAUACCAGGACAAAGCACUAUGCCCAUGUUACCUGGCGAGGAACCUGGGACCUGGAGAUCAGCCGAGAAGUCCUGGAGGCAUGGGAGGGUGUUGCCAAGCUCCAUUCGGUGGAGCUCAGAGUCAGGCAUGAGCACCUUCAGGAGAUCAUUAGAUCUCAUGGAGACGCCAUUUUCUAUCUCAACUUGCCUUGCCAGGUUAUUGAGCCUACAUCUCUCUGGCAGAUCCGGAUGGAGGACGCCUAA